CUCUGCUCUCCUCCACCGCUUUCGCUGAAUUAAAUUUCGUCCUCUGAAGUAAUCACGGCGUGCGACUCAUCAAUGGAAGAGAAAAGAGGCCUUGCUUCCUAUUUUCUACUGUGAACUCCGCCCUUGUCGUCCGUCGAACGCUCGCUUCUCUCCUCUUUCGUCCACACUGCUUCUUCCAUCCUCUUUCUCUUUGCGAGUGACCACAAAGAGCGGCCAUAUCCCUAAUAAACCCUAAACUCUGAAAUUUUCAUUUUGAUCUUCUGCUUUCGGAUCAGAGUAGAGAUUGGAAAGUUCACCUUUUGUUUUUUGCCUUAAUUUGCAACUUGAGACCUGAUAAAGGUUUCUAGACCUUGGGGUAAGCCACUGAGUCAACAUCUUUCUUCUCCAUAUGUUCCUCUGCAGACUCGGUGGCUUGGUAAAGUACCACCACUUCCACCACCACCGAGGUGUUCGACGAUAUUCGUCAAUGAAUCCAGUGCCGCUCUUUUACACGGGUUCCACAAGGUCGGACGAGCACGUCGAGCUCCCUAGGAGGCUACAGAGAUCAGAGAGGAAGCCGCUCGUGACCGGCAUAACCGAGCUUAAAAGGACAAAGAGGGCCGAGAGGAAAACGAAGCAAGAGGUGCGCGAGAUCACGCUGCGGCCGCCCGACAAUGGCCUUCUGGUCAGGAGAUUGGUUCCCGUGGCGCACGAGGUUCAUCGCUCGUGGCAGGUGCUGUUCAAAUGCGCUUCCAGGGUUUUGGAGCAAGUCGGUGUUCACGCGUGCAGAGUGUGCGGAGAAGUUCACGUAGGAGGAGCUCCUCAUCUGAUACGCACUUGUGAUGUUGCCGGAAGCAUGCCCAGCAAAGAACACAGUUGGGUAAGAGGAGGGACCGAGCAUGUUCUUCCUUCGGUCGAGUCGUUCCAUCUGUACGACAGAUUGGGGAGGGCGGUCUCGCACGAGGAGCGGCUAAUGGUCGACAGGAUUCCCGCCGUCGUAGAGCUAUGCAUCCAAGCAGGCGUGGAUGUUCCAGAGUAUCCGACAAAGAGAAGGAUCUACCCUGUUUACAAUGUUGCAGGAAAGUUGAUUGAUUUUGAACGGAAGUUUCCUCGCGAUUAUUCUAGCGGAAUAGACAUACAAACGCAUGGUUUUUGGGAGAAGAGGAAGAAGAACAACAACAACCAAAAGGAACGCGAAUCAGAGUCAUUUGCAUUUGCAGAAGAUGCACAAGAGAUCGCCACACGAGGCAUGGAAGCAUGGGAGAGGCUGCAGUCCGGCGUUUCAGAGCUGAUGACGAAGUACCCGGCUCAAACAUGCGGGUUCUGCUCGGAAGUCCAAGUGGGAACGAAGGGCCACCGGGCGCGGAUCUGCCAAGCUUACAAGCACCAGAUGCGAGACGGACAACACGCGUGGCAGGAGGCGACGGUGGACGAUCUCGUGCCGCCGGUUUACGUCUGGCAUGUUCCCGAUCCCCGCAGCGGCACGCCGCUCGGGGACGAGCUGAAGAGGUACCUCGGAAAGUUGCCAGCUGCGGUGGAGCUGUUUGCUCAGGCUGGUGCCGGCGUCGGCGAGGCUUAUCGAGGGAUGAUGAGAGAAGACGUGUGUGUGCCGGAAUUGGACGAAGAGAGAUUAGUGGUCUGAAACUUCAAUGCUAAAUCUUUUUAUUUGUGUGUUCUUAGUAACGCUGUUGGUCAACAUUAUGCUAUUGUAGGUUAAAUGACAAUGUUUAAUAAUUAGAUAUGUAUUUUCGAA